AUGGAACACAUGCCACGGAAGAACAGCACUGUCCCCUGGGCCCCUAGUCCCUCAGGGCUCCUGGCUCCUGGACCAGCAGAGGACUACAGGAGGAAGAACAAGUUCAUAGAAUCAGUUCCACAGAGUUGUCAACAGACGCUGGGGUCCUGGCUGCAGCUGGAGCUGGGGGCCUCCUCCUCGGGCCCUGGGCCCUUAUCACAGGGGACACAGGGGACCUCCUCACUGGGGGCCUCACUGGGAGCCUCCCUGGGCUCCGGUCCCUCCUCGCUAGGCACCGGGCUCUCCUCCCUCUGGCCCCUGCGUUGA